GAAUGGUCAUGCCCAUCUUUUGACCCCGUAGAGGGUAUUAAACCUCCAUUUUUGGAGUCAGGAAGUCGGAUCCGCCUCAAAAUGAUGAGCUUGUUGUUAUGGCACUCAAGAGUCUUAGCAGUUUGGAGAUCGGAUGAGGAUUAUGAAGAUGAUGAUAUCCCCAGUGUAGUUCCAAAGACGCAGAGGAGAGAAAACGCUUUCAAAUAUUUCAUCACUUCAAGCUCACAAGCUUCAAGAAUUCAAAACUUGAUUGCUACCUUAUAUCACGACUCAGCUUACGACUUUGACUUUCUUAUCGAAUGUCACAAAGACGUCAUCACAACAGACAUCUUCACAAAAGGACUCAUAGACAUUCUGAAGCAAGCCCUUGCACAGAAAAAAACGCCUGCAAUCCAGAGAUCAGUUUACAUGUGUCACAAAGACCUUUUCUCGUGCGAGUACACCUUGAAGCAGAUUAAAGUGAACAACAUAGCCGCUAGCAUGGGAGCUCAUGCUGAAAGGGUUUCCAAGCUUCAUCGAAGAACGAUAUUUGAACUUGGUUACGACAAAGAAACAAUUGAAAAGGCUAUUCCAAAGAACGAGCCUGUGAAACUCAUAUCUGUAGCUAUUUACAAAGCGAAACUCUAUUCAUGUCGCGAUUCUCUAACACUUGUCGUGGUUGAGUAA